UAUAUAGGGACGAGUCAGAGGUGUCUACAUAAGGCACGGAAAAGUCAGGCUGCUAAGAUGGCUCGUCACAGUCUGCUGCUGCUCUGGCUCAGUGUGAUGGCUGCUUUGGGCCUAGUUGCAAGCAAGGAAGAACCACCUCCAGAAAUAGUGAUGCCCGGAUUCCGUGUCUAUGGUCGUUGUGGACAAGACUGGCCCUUCUGCCCAUUCCCGUCCCAGGAGUGCAGAAACGGUGGCUGGUGGUGCCCCCACGGCUACACGUGCAGUGCGUGCGACUACCCGGAGGAGGCCAACUGCUGCUAUGCCAACUGUAAAACGUUCAGCGCUCGGCUCGGUCAGCCGUGUCGACGCGGCCACAAUUGUUACCCGUGUGGCUCCAGCACCUAUCCACUCUGUUGCAAACCACGAGCAGUCUCGCUAGGUGAAUGUCAGGCCAAGUGCAGCAGCCCAUUCAAAGCCUGCUUUCUACAUGGGUGUCCGUACGGUCAUCUGGGCUGGUGUUGUCGCUGGAAGAUCUGCUGGGGACCCUGGUGUGCGCCCUGUAUCGGCAAACACUGCCUGGCGCGCCGACCUCAACUCAGCGCUAAGGCCAAAGACCUUGCACAGCAAACCGUAAUGGAUGGAAAGAAAUUUCAGAAAGUUGUUUAAUGAGUUGGCUACAAGCCUGGAGUGAGGGGAGCCGAGAGCUCCGUCCAAUUUACACUGUCAGUACUGCAUGUUUGGGCUUUUCUUUUGCGACUUUUUUCUCUUUUUUACGUACAACUGUUUAUAUAUUUACCUAUUGUAGCAUCGCACCUUUACGAUGCCCCUAUAGAAGGUCUUAGUUUACAUAGUUUGGUGCUUUUCAAAUUUUCAUCAUCUAUGUAGGUAUGUAUUGUAAAAUUCGCUUCGCGUCGUUUAUUUUUGUUUUAUCUUAUCUAACUUUUUUCGACAUUCUAGUAACAUCACGAAAUAAAACAGAGUUUCGAUUAAAGAA